CCGGCGACGGAGAACUUGAACGAGAUGCAGUGCAUGUGGUUCCAGACAGAGGCGGCGGCGGCGUACCAGCGCACGCAGCAGUGGGGCGAAGCCCUGAAGAAGGCGCACGAGGUGGACCGGCAUUUCUCCGAGAUAAUGGAGGACCAGUUCGACUUCCACUCGUACUGUAUGCGGAAAAUGACGCUGCGCUCGUACGUGGGUCUCCUCCGGCUAGAAGACGUGCUGCGGUCACAUCCCUUCUACUUCAGGUGCGCACGAGUGGCCAUUCAAGUGUACUUGCGGCUCUACGCGCAGCCGCUACAGGACGCGCCGCAGACCACAGAGCCGGAUACAGGUAAGAUACUUGUAAGUGACUAGCUAACUGGGCGAGGCCCGAACCGAAAGGUUUUCGAUCGGAUCGCGGCGGUGGGCGGUGCGCUCCCGAUGAGGUAAACAUCAAUUAGCUGAUUUUAGAUAGAUAAUCGUCGCUAUUAGUUAGUUCUGUAUUGUUUAAUAUGAACGUGUCUUGUGCAACGAGUUUCAAAAUUUUUCCGCUGUUCUGGUGUUACCUUUUGGUGGUUUUCGGAGCGUGGCGGAUAAUAGGCAACCUUAGAUUGCGCCCGAGUCCUUCGCUCGGAGUCGUGCGAGGAAAAGCUGCAUAUUUUAAUAGCGCAUUUUGUAAUUUUUGGGCAAUUACCCUAACGGUCGUUUAGAUAUCUGAUCAUUGCUCGAAGCAAUUAUAUUCAAGGUGAAAUAAUAUUCGCUAAAUGAGUGCACACGUCGUUAGUUUGCGACAAAGGGUGGUUAUUAUCGUCGGUCGCGGUGAUUAGCGCCGGGAGAUGCGCGCGCGACUGUUCGCAGCGAUCGUCUAUUGUUUAGCUUCGGCGUGACAGUUGCCACACGCCAAAACAUAACUGUCAUUACAAUUGUUCGCGGCUCUCUACGUUUAUCUAGGAAUAGUCGAGAUCUCUAUUAAUCUUAGUGCUAGCUAGUGCCUACUCCUUUUUGCUAUUCCUCGGCCAGCACGAGCCGGAUACGGUUUUUUGUCGACGGACGCUGUGACCGCUGACGUAAGCCCGUGUUUAUCAUCGUCGCAUGUAAAUCAUCUUGAUUUCAAAGAUAAAUGGAGUGAAUGUUUUCAAACAAUUUACACGACUACCGUCAACGCGUGCUGCUGAGUGAUGCCGCUAUAAAAUAAGCCAUAUUUGUUGACUUCAGAGUUGGAGUUGGACAACUAUUCUGAUAUUACGAUAUUAUUUGACAAGUAAUUUAUCAGAUACGCAAGCUCGGAAUUAAUUUUAGCUUUCCUCCUUUUAGUAUUGUGAUUCACGAUAAGUGGACAGUUGAGCAUCGUUAUGGCGAGGGUUAUAGAAGGUGAGCAGCAUUCGUGGCGCGGUGUGUCAUAGUGUGUUUAUAGUGAAUUCGAUUAUACUCGUAGCUGCAUCGAUGCCUUUUUUAUUUCAAAUUCAUUGUUCAUUACGAUUAUCGCGAUCGCGAGCCUUGAUCUUUGAUGCCUGUCAAUAAAACAAGCAUCAAGUUGAAUUUAUUUAACAUGCUCAAUUCAACUACAUACAAUCGUAAACUCGAUACUAUGUAUGUUAAAAGCUUAUCGCAAUAAACAUUUGAUAUUGUUCUCUGUAUUGAAUUAGCAAUGAGAUUUAAUUUUGAGAUCAGUUUUUAACGUCAAUAAACAACAAAAAGAUAAUAAUUGUAG